AUGGCAGCCGUGACAGAGGAGCUCCAUGAGCUGAUGCUUGUGGAACUAAAGCAAGAAUGUCUUGCUCCUAGUGUGGAGACCAAGGGAAUAAGGGAGGGUCUCUUCAACAGGCCCCAGGCACAUCUUGAAGAACACACUGGAGAAGAAGAAGAAGUAAAUGAAGAAGACCUACUGAGAGAUGACACUGAGGAAGAAGAACCAAAGCCCGCAGAACCGCCUGCUAAAGAAGACCCUCCUGAAAAAGCUGCUGAUAUGGCAUUAAAAAAGAAGAUGGUAAAAACUACACCUGGAAUACCUCAGGCCGAGAGAAUGCAGAAGAGGGCGGAACGAUUCAACAUACCUGUGAGCCUGGAGAGCAGGAAGGCUGCUCGGGCAGCCAGGUUUGGAAUUGCCUCGGUUCCAACAAAAGGUCUGUCAUCUGAUACCAAGCCUAUGGUUAACCUGGAUAAACUAAAGGAAAGAGCCCAGAGAUUUGGUUUGAAUGUCUCUUCUAUCUCUAGAAAAUCUGAGGAUGCUGAGAAGCUGAAAAAAAGGAAGAGAUUUGGGAUUGUGACAAGGUCAGCUGGAACUGGAACCACAGAGGAUAUAGAGGCAAAGAAACAGAGAAGAGCAGAGCGUUUUGGGAUUGCAUAAUGAAAGUUCGUGACAGUCUUGAAUUCCAGCAGCAGUUUGAUUUCAUUGCUGCCCUGAAUUUAAGGUUGUUGGGGACUGGAGAGGUGGCUCAGAGGUUAAGA